ACUCGCGUGCAUUUCCUUGACAGCAGAUUCCGUGUGUCCAUGUGUGCAUGCGUCAGUAAUCACACUCCUACGCAAUCAGUCCGAUGCCCACACACAUCCACACAACACACGCACACACACCCAUGACAGUAAGCCGAUCCUCACCACUCAGAAAAGGCAGUCUGCCGCCUGGCCGUAGCAGACCGUCAGCCAGACCCCCACAGGCAUACACACACACAGGCACACACACACACACACACACAUCUCACAGCAGGCAGACUUUGACGGACAGGAUGGCGAAUUAGAAGAGGGGAGGGGGCAUGCAGACAUGAAGACACGGAGACAUGGCCACAUCAUUCACAUAACACGGUAUCCAUUCCAUUACAUUCCAUACGCCAGCCGGCCGACGUACACAACAACCCAACCAGACAACACACACAGAGGAGCGAGAGCGACCGAUCCAGCCAUUCAUCCGAAGAGAGAGAGAGAGAGAGAGAGAGCCAAUGCAUCUCACAGACACGUCCAGACCACAGCCACUCCCUCCCUUCCGUCUGCUUCUCUGUCAGCUGUCUGUCUACUCAUCCAUCCAUCCGGAUCCACUCGCUCGGUCAGUCAGUCAACCCCUUCCUCCCUCCCCUUAUUGACAGUCAGUCAGUGAGUAUGUGAUAUCAGCUAUUGCUCCCCCAUCAUGCUGCUGCCCCCUGCGCCCUUGGCCGUCUGCUCGCCACGCGGCCUCUGCUCCCGUCUACCGUCGGCCGCCGUGUCGCCCUCCCCGCCGUCGUCGCCACUCGAUGCCGAUAGUGCGGCCGCCUUCCGCUUCUCGGCACAGUGGCAUCGAGUGCUACCACCACCAGCACCAGCACCACCACCACCAGCAGCACCAGCACCAGUAGCAGCAUGCGAUGGCGACACGACAACAGACACCUGAACAUACAAAAUGGUCCACCUGAGUGUGUGUGUCAUUGAUAUGGCGUUGCCACCUUACUUACCUGUGUGGUGUGGUGGUCAGUAAUCCCCGCCAGCUGGUUGUUGACGGCCGAGCGGACACCGGUGAGAUCGCCCAGAAGGGCCGUCAGUCUGCCUGCCAGCGACGCACCAUCCUGCAGAAAGACGAGCAAUAAGUGAGUUCCGCAGCUCGGCUGUGUGGCGUCUUCUGCGGACCGGUGUGUUGUCGGUGUGUGUGGCUAUGAUAUUCUCUGCCUCCUCAAGGUCAGACGCAAACUGAGAGGCAACCUGCAAGCCAAUACCAACACACUCACACCACUCCUUGCUGCAUGGACGUCAUCUGUAGACCCCUCUUGUCUCCCCUUCUUACCGAACGCGUCGAACGUAUUGUCUGCAGAAGGUCACUGGAAGAGCCGCCGCCGCCGCCCAGCCCAUCUGCACCACACAAUCAGGACACAGGCAUGACACGUGAAAGCUGUCCAUUAGGCGCAUCUGUGGGGUGGUGGUGUUGUGGUGACCUGCAGGGGCAGCCGGGCCGUCACCGCUGUCUACGUCCACCAAAUCGCCGCCUGCAGUGUUGGACGAGGAGAGAAAGGACUGUUCUAGUGCCCUUGUGUGGCGUCUUUGUGUGUACCACUGUGUUGCGAGUGGGAAGCCAUCGCCACACCUGCAGCAGGACCUACACACAUCCGUCCACACUGAUCCAUUCAUUGCUCAUCCUUGUGCCGCCCCUCUUUCUGCUUGCCUGCGAUCUGCCCGCCACCCUCUCGGCCCAGCAACUCCGAGUACUCGUCGCUACCUGAUCAACGCACACACACAGACACCCAAUUAGACAGACAGACAGACAGACGAGUGAUGCAGAUCGACAGGAGCCAGGGGAUCUGUGCUGCGAUGUGUUUCUUACCUCCGCUGGCCUCUUGUCCGUCGUUGGAAUGCAUAUCAUCGUCGUCAUCGUCAUCGCCACCAUCAAAAUAUCCAUCUGCACUACCCAUCCAUCCAUCCAUCCAUCCAUCCAUGUGUGUGUGUGCAUUGCUCUCCCCACCGUCAUCGUCGUCACCCUCAGCCUCACUCUCGCCACCGCCGUCCUCAUCUACACCACAGAGACAGAGAGGGCACAUCCAUCCAUCCAUUCUCGUGUGUGUGUCCCUCCCUCCAUCCACCAAUGUGCGUCCCUGCCCCUGUGCGUACCAUCGUCGCUGUCAUCCACCGACCACUCUGAUGGGAGCUCGUCUUGAACUACUUGGCCGUCGAAGACGACUUCAAGUCCUCGCCCCAGCGCCUCACUGCCCAGCUGAGUCGUCUGGCGGAAGCGGUCCUUGAAGGCACCGCUCGCACACACACGUGCCUCGGUCGUCACGACACUAACCCUCACUGCAAACAGUCAGACAGAAGAGACUGAUGACAUUUGACCAGCAGAGCUGCCUGUCUGUCGGCCUGACCGUCGUUGAUGGUUGGAAGAACCUCAAGACGAAUCCACGCGACGAAGUCGUGGCUGCUGUCGGUGAGCACCAGAUAACGCACCCGCGCACCACUGUUGCUGAAUGUGGUGGUGCAUCCGGCCACCGAUGUGUGGGGCGACUGGGUGAGGAGGCCAUUCAGACGGCCGCCAGCAACCCGCCUGAAUCAACCACACACACACACACACAAUCACACACGCACACCUCUCGCCCACUGGUGCCAUUGGUGUGGUACCUGUUGAGGACUAUCGAUGUGCGAUUGGUCCGGUGAUAUCGCACAUGGCGAUAGUGGUCGAGGAUCAUGUUCUUGACGAACGACGACACCGACGACACCGACGACACCGACGCAUCGGUGGACGGGAUAGCGUGCGACACCCAUGUGCGGCCGUUGUAGUAGAUGUUGCGGCUACGCACUGGCGGGUCAUGCUCUAGUCGGUGCUGCUGAUACAGAUGGCCGGCAGCGAGGGGCGGGUUGAAGACCAGCCGGAAGCCGGGCUCGAUGGGCCCCCGCACCUCACCGUUGGCACGGCGCAAGAAACGCAGGCAGCUGCCGUCCCUGAACCGCACAUGGCGGCCGACCACCAUGAGCUGCGCCAACACACGGGGAAGCGCCAUGUACACCUACACGACACACACACACACACACAGAGCAAGAGAGAGAGGAUGAGGCCUCUCUGCCUUCUCUUCGCCCCCCCUCUGUGUGUGUGCCUUACCGUCUCGCUCCAGUGUGUGUUGAUGUCGUCUGCCGUGAGGCUGAGAGGCAGCGUGCAGCAGUCGCACUGGCUGGCCCACUGCAGCACCUCAGCCACCUCCUCCCAGCUCUGCUCCAGCAAGUAGACCACCUUGAAGGCACUGUCCAGGUCACUGACGGUGAAGGACAGGACACCCCGCAGGCCGAGACGGACCAGCUCCUCCUCUAUGUGCUGCUGGAAGCGCUCGAGCAUCUUGUUCACUUCAGGCCAAUAAAGCUGGCUGAUCUGUGCCGUCAGUGUCGCUCGCUUCGACUCAUCAACCGACAUGGCCGUGUGGGCGGCCUUCUUGAUGGUGGCUGCCUCCAGAAAGCCGAUGGGGGGAGGUCCCGGGGGCUGCUGAGGGGUGGGCUGCUGAGUGGGGGGAUGGUCACAGUGAGGCUGGGACGCCAUCGGUCGGUGACUGGUCUGCAUCACACACACACACAGAGCCAUGCACCCGAUGCCACAGCACACCGUGUGGGUGUGUCUGCCUUUCUCGCUUCCUUACAUGCUGGCGAUGAAUCGGCAGCCCUUCCUUGUGCAGCAAGUGCGGCGCGGUGGGACAGCUUAAAAACCAAAUCAACGCCUGCCUGCAGACACAGACAUGCACGCAUUCGGAAACGCACGCAUCGAAAGAUGAACGCGCGACAUGUGUCCGCUGGUCUUUCGCUUACCCGCUGUCAGCCAGUAAUGGCCUGGAGUGGCGAGGCCAGCACGACGGACGGCCGUCGGCGGCACACACAAACGAGAUCUGCAAACCAGUCAGUGGCAUGAAGGAGACUUCAAUCGACACAAACAAGGAUGGUGCCUUCGCCUUGCAACAUCCUCACCUAUGCAGCUGUCGAAAUGCUCACAACUCCCGC